AUGUAUUCAGCAAUUGCUAGUUCCAAGCCUUAUCGGUUCAUUAUUGGCCCUCAGAGGCGCAAGUUCACGAUUCAUUCUGCAAUCGUGGCCAGACAAUCUGACUAUCUCGACAAACUAGUCAAUGGUGAUUUCAAAGAAGGAAAUGAAAAGACAGUGCACUGGGAGAAUGUGGAUGAAGAGACUUUCGUGUGCUUCUGGCAAUAUGCCUACACGGGCUCCUAUGAUAUUCCUAGGGAGGAGCCCAAAACAACACAAUCAGUACCGGAGGAGGGAGCUGAAGAUGGGGACGAGAUGGAAAGCUCUGGAUAUGCAAGUGAAAAUCCCGACGAUACCGUCAAAUAUUGGCCACACGAAGAAGGGAGGGAUGAAAGUGCCUGGCCUGAAGAUAGUCUCACGAAUUAUGCAGCAGAAGAACGCCCCAAGGAGCCAUCAAACCGAGGACAAUUGUGGAAACUAUUCACUACGCUCCAGUCCACCGGCGGGAACGAGGACGAGGUCGAACCUGAACAGGGGAAUGAGGGAUGCGACGUCGACGCUGGCGAUUUACUCUGUCACGCACGAAUAUACGUUUUUGCCGACUGCUACGGUAUUUUCGAUCUAAUGGACCUGUCUUACAAUUCCAUUCAUCGUAUUCUAUGCAACCUUGACCUGCGCACCAAGACCUUGGCCGAUAUUAUAACCUUGGUGCAUUACUGUUACGAAACGCCGGCACCCCCCGACUUGAAGGAGCUUGUUGUGCUUUAUUCUGCGUGCAAUAUUGAAUUACUUUGGGUUGAUGAGCAGUUCCAGCAUAUAAUCGAGACCCAUGGCGAUCUAUCACGGGCUGUUAUUGCCUCAUUACUUGGCCGCCUUACCUAG